CGGCGGCGCAGGCGGCGGCGACGGCGGCGUGCCCAUCCUUCUCUCUUGUCGUCGCUUCCUGCUGCAGUGUUUUGUCCUCACCCUCGUUGUUGCUUCUUUUCUUGGUUGUGCACCGUCUUAAGGGGGAAACGACAUUGUGUGUCUGCUCCCAUCCUUCACUCCUUUCUCUCUCUCCCUCUCUCUCCGUCUCUGGUCACAAACCACCACCCCACCCUCCUUUUACAUAGGCCCUCUGGUUCGCAGGCGAACGACGGCACAAACACGUCUUUCUAGUCGUACCCCUCUGCCCCCUCCCUCCCUCCUCCCCCUGGUACUUUUCCCCACGACACGCACAAUGGUCGCCGUCGCGCUUCUCGCGGCUCUGGCCGGCGCGUCGACUGCCGCCGCCGCCUUCACGCCCCCCGGUUACCCAGCCGGACCCGACAUCUUCGGCGUCACUUCGCCCACCCUCGACCCGCCGUACAACACGAACGACGGCUGGCCAGGCACCCCGAGCGACCACUUCAUCCUCUCGUGGGUCGGCACGACUGUUGUUGCGCGCGUGGACCCAAUCGUCGACCCGGGCAAGGUCGGUGGCCAUGUCCACAACAUUGUCGGGGCGUCCAACUUUAGGAGCGUCCUCAACACUCCCGACGAGCAGCAGCAGAGCGCAUGCUCGUCGACCAUUGUCGCGGGCGACCGCUCCAACUACUGGACUCCCACCAUCUACUUUAUCAACGAGAACGGCAAGUUUGAGGCUACUACCACCAUGAGCCGCAUCUACUACCACAUGCCCGGAUACAACACGCAGCCGUUCCCUCAGGGUAUGCGCAUUGUCAGCGGCGUUGCGAUGGAGAGGAACACGUCCGAGUUUAGGAAUGUUGGUAUCUCGCUCGGCUGCGGCGAGCAGGGCACGGGCGCGUGGCUGCCCAACGGCACCACCUUCCCCAAUGGCUGCCGCGAGAUGACCUCGAGCAUCAACUUCCCCUCGUGCGGCUGGGCCAACCAGUCGCUCGACUCGUGGGACCACUUUUCGCAUCUCACGUGGCCCGUCUUCGCCGGUGGCGGCCGCACGUAUCUCAACAACUGGGCCGGCUCCUUCUGCCCUCCGUCCCACCCGAUCAAGUACCCCCAGAUCAUGCUUCAGACCCUUUCCAAGCUCAACGACAACCAGCUCAAGCGCUGGCGCCCCAACGAGGUCAACCUCAUUCUUUCCAACGGUGACGAGACUGGCAACACUUUCCACGGUGACUUUGUUUCGGGCUGGGACAUGGAGCUCCUGUCGCAGACCAUCGCCCAGUGUGGCAACACCAACGGCCCAGGCACAGACUUCUCCACUUGCGCUCCCCUCAACAGUCCGCUCAACAACAAGACGGCCGCCUUCGCCUGUCGCCACCAGGGUAUGAUCCCUGACGAGGAAGUUGGCUUCUACCGCCCUCUCGACAACCUUCCCGGCUGCAACCCCCGCUGGCCUCUGAACGGGGGUGACAAGAAGCCAACAGACUGCCCCUGGUACACUGAGGACCCGGGAUGGUCCGCGCCCAACGUCUACUGGACUGACGACACCCACAUCGAGACCAUCAUCCCGCUUGCUGUCAACCUCCCCGCUGGUGCCACCAUGACCCUCGACGGGCUCAAGCAGUACCCGCCGACGGUUGGUCUGAACGGCAAGAUUGGUCCCUGGGGCCAGGACCCGGCCAUCGGCAACCCCGGUACCGUGCUCGUCGGCAGUGCUGCCGACGUCGCCAACAACCUCAAGGCCUCGCAGGCGCCCAACAAGCAUGACAGCGUCUUUGGCAUGAGCGACACGACCCCCUUCAUCGGCGUUGAGCCUCCCUGCAUCUGCCCGCUCUACCAGACCAACAUGAACAACUGGAACAACGGCCAGAACCCUCGCCCCGGAGCUCUUCCCGCCAGCAAGGUCAUGCCCGUCUGUGGUUCCGUCAACAAGAAUGGCAACGGCGUUCCCAAGACGGGUUACAUCAAUGGCCCCGCCCCCAUCGUUACGGCGACUCCCAACAACCCGCCGCCGUGGAACUACAACAUGGCUGUCGGUCUCGGUGCCUACCCCGGUGGCCCUGACGGUAACGAACCCGGCUGGCCCCUCUGGCGCGACGGCAACAAGCAACUCUCGACUACCGGCCGCUGGUGGUGGGACAGCCCCGACAACUCGACUGGCCUCGUCUCCAACACUGGCAGUGGUUCUGCCCCCGGCCCCAUUGGUCCCAACCCAAGCGGCAAUGCGUCAACUCCCACUCCCACGACUUCGUCGGUUUCGUCGGGAUCAGGCACCCCUGUUGCCUCUGGCUCGCCUGUGGCCUCGGGAUCAUCCGUCACUUCGAGCUCUGCCUCCGCUUCUCACUCGGGCGUCGUUGCUGGAAACCUCGCUGCCCUCCCCAGUGACCCUGCUGUGAAGGCUCUCGCCGCCGGCCCUAGCUUGAACGGCUCGUACUCUGAGCCCUCGGCUUCUGCCAGCGGAUCGUCCGUCUCCAGUGCUCAGGCCACUAUCGCCAAGGCUGACCCCACGACGGCUACUCCAGACUCUUAUGGCGCUGGAGCUGCCGGUGGUGCGGGCACCAGCUCGUCUUCGGCAUCCACCCCCGGCGCUGGUGCCCCCACUGGUGCCCCUGUUGCUGCCUCCCCCUCGCUCGCUUCGUCCUCUGCCACGGCUUCGGCCAGUGGCGUGCCCGUUGGAGCGCCGCACUUCAACCCUGCCACCCCGACCUCGCAGGGUAGCAAGCCCAAGAAGUGCCGGCCCAAGAACAAGGCCAAGAGGAACGGCGCGCCCGUCGCGAACCCUGUUCGCCGCUCGCGCCACCGUGUCUAA